CUUCGCCCGCUUCCGGUCGUCGUCGUCGUAGUCGCCGCUGCUGCCGCUGCUGCUGCUGCUACUGCUGCUGCUGGGGCUGCUGGCGGAGGCCGGAGGAACGGGCGGCGGCGGCGGCGGCGGCUGAGAGGGCGGCGGCGGGAGCGGAGCGGGACGAGGGAGCGAGAGGAAGCGAGCGAGGAGCGAGCGGAGCGCGCCGAGCCCCGCCCGCCCUUCCGCCCGCCGGAGCAGCCGGAGCAGCCCGGGCCCCCAGCCGCCGCCGCCGCCGCCGCCGCCGCCCACCCGCCUGCCAACCCGCCGGACAAAGCCCGAGAGCCCGCGUCCAGAGCCAUGUCCUCGUCCGCCGGCAGCGGCCACCAGCCCAGCCAGAGCCGCGCCAUCCCCACCCGCACCGUGCCCAUCAGCGACGCCGCGCAGCUACCUCAUGACUAUUGCACCACGCCCGGGGGGACGCUCUUCUCCACCACGCCGGGAGGAACUCGAAUCAUUUAUGAUCGAAAGUUUCUGUUGGAUCGUCGCAACUCUCCCAUGGCUCAGACCCCGCCCUGCCAUCUGCCCAAUAUCCCAGGAGUCACCAGCCCCGGCACCUUAAUUGAAGACUCCAAAAUAGACGUAAACAAUUUGAACAACUUGAACAAUCAUGACAGGAAGCAUGCAGUUGGAGAUGAUGCUCAGUUUGAGAUGGACAUCUGACUGUCCUGCAAGGAUCAGAAGAAAAGCAGCAACACUGAUACAUGUGUGUACCUGAUUUGGCCAAUAGGAUCAACAAUGCAGAGACAGAAGAGGCAGAACCAGCAAUCCCUGCUGCAGUCUCCUGCUCCCCUACUCCUUCUCUGGGUGCCAAAGGAUGCAAAGAUGAGCUGCAUCUGACCAUUUCUUCUCCCUAUUUCCUGUUCCCCUUCCCAGUUAGACAGUUAGAUUGAAGGCCCUUGGCAUAUUUCCGUAGAACUAAGCAGCCCACAGAGGAAAACAGUUAACCUCUGGUUCCCCCUUCCCCCCAUUUUUUUUUUUAAUCCCAAAUCAAAUAUCAGCCUACCAAUAAUUGGCUGGCUGGGAAGUCUGGGGAAGUGAUAUGGAGGUUUGAUAGAUUCAGCAUCAUUCCUGUUCUUACCCUCUGUUUCUCCUCCCUGUCUUGCUCAUGUUUCAGUGCUGCAAAAGUCUGGGUUUGGGGUCUUGAAAACCCUUGGAGGGAAAUGGUAAACAGGAAGAGAGCUGCUUUCUUCUUUUACCUUGAGGUGUUUGUCCUUGGGGACAGAACGCUGUUUGUACAUCUCUGGUAGCAUUACCCUGGGGCACUGUUUUGAGGUCCACUUCCCCUCCUUCCUCUGGGAGGAAUGUCUUCUGUCUUUAGUAUUAUAGUUCAUCUUCCCAUUUAUUUACUUAUCACAAUUGUGUAAACAUUCUUUUUUUUUUUUUUUUGCGGUACACCGGCCUCUCACUGUUGUGGCCUCUCCCGUUGCGGGGCACAGUCUCCGGAUGCGCAGGCUCAACGGCCAUGGCUCACGGGCCCAGCCGCUCUGCGGCAUGCGGGAUCCUCCCGGACUGGGGCACGAACCCGUGUCCCCUGCAUCGGCAGGCGGACUCUCAACCACUGCGCCACCAGGGAAGCCCAAACAUUUCUUAACUCUACAUCAGAAGGGGGUCUUCAGUCACCAGUUGUUCUUUUUCCUCCCCUUCUCCCACCCCUCCCUGCUUGCAUCUUGUUGCUUGCAGUCCUUUUGUACUCUGAGCUAUCCACGUGAUUUCUCCUGCUCCUGGAGCAGGUCCCUACGACAGGACAGAGGCUCUUUGGAUAAGGCCCGAUGUAUUGGGUUGACCAAAAAGUUCGUUCUGGUUUUUCCAUAACAUGUUACAGAAAAACCAGAACGAACUUUUUGGCCAACCCAAUAGUCCUCUGCAGGAUGAUACCCAGGAAUGACCUCGGAAGACAUUGAACUGUUUGAGUACCCAGGCUCAGUAGUCAUUGUUUUUCAGUCCAGUGAGCAUUGUGAUAUUUGUUGUCUGUGAUUUUUGAGUUUGAAGUUGACUUUCAGAAUGCUCUUAGAAAAGAACUAGACUUUUUUCCUUUGUGGACCUGCUUUGUUUGGCUGCUGAGAUAGAUAAGCAUGGGCUUAAAAAUGCGUUCCUUCCACUUUUCUUACCUUUCCCAUGGUACUCUGAAUUUCCCUAUCUUUCGCUCCCUCCCUCCCUCCUUCCUUCCUUCCCUCCCUUAUCUCUGCCAGGCCAUUUUUCAAAUGUACAUCCAGGAUACCUCAAGUGUCGGUAUCUGAUAAUACCUGUCACUCCUCUUAACUGAGGAGUGACCUUUUAUUUUUAAGAUGAGUACAGACCUAUUUUUAGAUAUGUUUUCAGUACAAUUUUGAACAGCAACUUUUUAAUUAUACAUCUUCCAGUGUUAGGAAGGUGAGAGUUGUCCGUAGGCGAGUCUGCUGUUCCAUGUCACCAUCCCUUGUCUUCCCUAGUCCCUUACGAGCUCUUUCCUUCUCGCUCUAGUUUUGGGUGUGCAUGUUUGGAGUUUGUAGUGGGUGGAUUGUGAAACUGGACCAUUAUGCCUUCCCUGGGUUGUUCAUGGAAACCUCAUUCUUUUCCCUUACCCUUUGCUGCUUCAUUCCCCAUCCCGUGGUCUUGACUAUUGACUGGCACAGUAAUCCUGGGAGAGUGACUCCCAUCAUAGAAAGACAAGUAAAAUAGCCACUGGUGUCCUGGGAAUUUCUGGUUGGAUUUGGUGCCCUGAACCCUCUUAUUAAGAGGUCAGAUCCCAGGGUGAGAGUAACAGGCCAGUUGGCUAAGAUAGAAAGCUGUUUUUCUUUUGAACUAUGAAGACACCCUGUUUGCGAAUACAUUUUAGACAGAAGGAAGGAUGUCUGAGGAACUUUCUUCUGUUUUCUGCUACAAAAUGUGAAGAGUUCAAAAAGUGAAACCUUUUGUGAUGGUUGAUUGUCUCUCAGGAAUAAGCUGGAUCUCCAAAGUUUUGGAGAUGCUUUCAGUCUCAAAAAUUGAUGAAUGGAAAAGUAUUUUUUGUUUGCUUUUUAAUGUAUCUCUGUUCUGAUUUUAAUUAAACUCCAAAUUUCACUUUACAUACUCUUGGAACAACUUAAGGUGCAUUGGUAAUUUGCAUGGGAAGCUUGCUCAGGACCUCAUUGUCCCCUGGGAGCUUGAUUCUUUGGGAGUGACGCUUUCCUCCUCCUCAGGGCCCGGCCUGGGCAUCCUCUGGAAUCUGACUCCACUACAGCGAGUAGUCGGGCUGUCAGCAGAAGCACGUGCCCUUGUUUGCUCUUUACUGCUGCACAUGAAAACUCGGCUUCCUUGCUGAGAGACGGGGAAUGAAUUUAAAACAUGCCAGCUUGAGUAGUCUUAAGAUGCCAUGUUCCCCCUUUUUUGCUAUCUUGAGGAAUUGCUGCAUGUGGCCCCCUAAUCAGAGGCCAUAUUUCUAGUACUUCUUGGGAGUGUCAGCUGUAUAAUACAGCAGCUGCCCAAUCCUUUAGCCAUCUCUAUAACGACCUCCAUACUGCUUGGUGCAAUUCCUUCCUGGAGGCCACUGCUACUAGAGAUACUUUGGCCUCCAUAAAUCGGCAUUUCAAAGAUAAUUUCACAAGGCAAUAGAUGAACUUCCAACAGAUGACACCUUUGUGCCAUGCCUCAUAGAAUCAUUUUCAGGGCAAGCCAGAAUCCAGUAGGUGGUUUACUCCUGUAUGUUUGGAAGGAAUCUCACAGUUGAAACCCUAAAUGAAUAAUCUCUCUGGGCUUUUUCCUGGAAAGGGAACCCCCUUAGGGUAGCAUUUGAGUUAGGCGGUUCUUAAAAUCUUAUUGAUUAUUUGUACUUUUCUUCUUAGGAGAAAACCAUGUUUCUGUACUUCUGGGGACAAUCCAUGUCGGUGAGAAAUGACCUUGUCCAAAUUCCAGCAGGAGACAUGCAUUGUCAUGAUUCUACCUCCUUCGUAGUGUGGUGCAUUGAGUUCACCACUUCCUCAUAUUCUGUUGAAAUAGCUAUUGUGUUCUCAAGACCACAGUGUAGAGAAGCUGGCUUCUAGCUAUUAGGCUUCCAAGCCAAGAGUUUUGUCCCUCCGUCUGCAUUAGUUAUCUAUUGCUAUUUAACACAUUACCCCCGAACUUAACAUCUUAAAAGAGCAAACAUUAUCUGUCAGUUUCUGUAGUUAGGACCUGGCAAACAGCUUCACAUGAUGGGUCUGGCACAGGGUCAUAGGAAGUUGCAGUCAAGAUGUUAGUGGGAUCUGCAGUCACCUGGGGCCUGAGAAUCCACUUCUGAGCUUUCUUUGUGACUGUUGGCAAAAUGCCUCAGUGUCUUCCUGUGUGGAUCUCUUUUUAGGGCAGCAUGAGUGUCCUCACAGCAUGGCAGCUGGCUCCCCCUGAGCAAGUGAUCCCAGAGAAAGAGGGCAAGGAGGAAUCUGCAGUGCCUUUUAUGACAGUCUCCGAAAGCACACGUCAUCACGCCUUCCUAUUCCGUUCCUUAGAAGCAAGCCACUAAGCCAGCCUACACUCAAGGGGAGGGGAGUUACACCCCACCUACUGCAUGGAGCGGUAUCAAAGAAUUUUAGGUGUACUUUAAAACAACCUCACCCCCAAUAGAGGAUGAAACCAGGUCAACAAGAGGGGGUAGGUUUAAAGUAGACGAUAUACUGAGAGAAGUGUUGUUACUGAAAACAGUUCUCUUAAGAUGUGCAUUGACAAACAGAUGAAAAGCGGAUUCUCUCCCCAUGGCUACUGCCAGUUUUGAGAGGGGAGGCAAGAAAUGGCAAUUCCCAGGAGAAUGUAUCUAUACAUUGGGUAUACUACCAGCAGCCCAAGGUUGCUUUGUAAGUCCUUGGCUUGGUAUCUAAGACUCAAUACUGCUUACUUGCUGUCUCCUUUAGCCAGUAAUUGACAAAGGGAAUUGGAUCCUUCUAUUUGAGCCACUCAAAUGGACUUAAUUGGAGUCAGGGUUGUUAAGCAAAGGGAGCAAACUUGAAGUACAUUUUGGGUUACUGGGCUGAGGAAAGCUGACCGUUCUGAUUCAGGGUGACAGAGCUGAGAGCAUCCGGAAGCCAGGUCCCCACCAGAGUCGAUGCUUGGCACCUGCUCUCACAAACUACACCAGCUGAAGCAGACUUGGGCCAGGUCUCUCACUCAAGAAGCCACUUCUCAAUAAGCAGGGAACAUCGGGAAUUAGAAAUGUCUGUCUGUGCUUUAUUGUUCCUUAAAUCCACUGCAGGUUAACUCUGCGUGCCCACCUCAUCCUGGGCUUCCUGAUGGAAAUGGGUUCUUAAAGAGAACCAGUGCUGUCUUCACCCUGAAGAAAAGCUUAGAUGAAGCUUGUCAGUUCAGCACGUGUUCAGUGAAUGUCUGCUAUGUGUUUCUGGCACCUGUGCCAAGUUUUUAGAGAUUUCAGACAUCUUAAGGAUGCAAAUUCUUUUUUGGAUUUAUGCUCCAACUCUUCCCAGCAUAUUCUUACCUAUAGCCCUGCUUGCUUUAGAGUAUGCUUGAAUAAAAAAGCAUUGCUGCUGAGGCAGCUACAAAAAAAACAAAGGUACUUCUUCCAGAAUUAAGGAACUCAUCUUUAAAGCACCUUCAAAUGAAUUUUUUUCCGUCUGAUUUUGAGGUGGAGUUAAAAUAGGUGGUCUUUUAUUUUCGCUGUUUGGGUUACCAGCUCUUUGGGUCUGUCAGACCUUAGGGGUAUCAUGUAUCUUGGCUGCUUAAAGCCUGGGCCCUCAGCCCUUUACAUUCCCCUCCAGAUGGGAGGCCCGGUGCUUUUCUCUCUAGGUCAAAACUUCCCCUUAUCAUGUUUCUGGACUACAUGAUAAGGGGAGCUAUUUAUUAAUCUGCGAAACCCAAUCUCUUACCUGCCCAUGAUAUCUAGGAGGGGGUAGUAUUUGUUUUAAAGAAGUGUUGUUUCCUUGGGAGGGCAAUUUCUGUGUGGACUUUGAAGGGGGCAUAGUUACCACACAUUACUAUCCCCACCACCACCACAUUCUUUACCUCUCUCCCAGCUUUUGAUAAAAGAUGACAUCAGAUCUUGAGGCAGUUGGGUCACAAUUCUUUAGAAUGCUUAUACCCCAGGGGCGUUUCCUGUUCUAGUCAUGUUUUUCCAGUUGAGUAUUGGCAUUUCCCUGAGGCUUGCUCACAGGCAUUUCUGAUUGAAGACUAAGGAUGGUUGAUACAGUCAUUAAUGUCACCUUUCCCACCCUCUGGAAUUUACAUUUCUUUCUCUAGGCUGGUCCUGGAAGUUGACACAUUUUGGCAAAGCUUAGAUUUAGGAGAAGUCUUUCAAGUCCCUGUUCAGAUGAUCUGUGGUUUCUCUUUGCUUCCUCUGCCUGCAGCCCUGGCAGACCAUACUGUCUGGAUCCCGAAUAGAAAAUAGUACUGAGAUGAAACACAUUCCUGGGGUAUUUAAACUCUCACUCUGCCACCUUUCUAAGAGUGGGAGGCUGGCAGAGAGAUGCUGCAGUGCUUGAUAAUCAUUUGGCCACAUUGAAAUUUCCAAAGGGAGCUCUUGCCGGUGCUUAAACCCAAAAUUCCUCAACACCUGAGAUUGCAUGGAUCUAGCACAGAAUAUCCAUUCUUGCCCCAGUGUACCCCCUUCGUCUCCAUCUUAAUCUUUAAAACAAAACAAAGCAAAAAACCCAAGCCCAGGCCAAGGGUCAUUUUUACUUGAAACCAGGAGGUGGGGGGAGUAACACGAGGGAUGAGGGGCAAGCUAUGGUGGGGCAUCCUUCUCCUGGUGUCUGUUCCAAUCACUGCGGACUGUGAGCCAGUGCCUUUCCUUCGCCUGGAGUUGGAGCCCAUCUCUUGCCACCUGGGUGAGGAGACCCUCUGCUACCCAGGGGCGAACUUUAAAGACGGUGUCUUGGAGAGCCCAGAGGACACACAUUUUUCGGGUGUCCAUUUUAAGCAUCUUUAAAAUGUUUUAUAUAUUAAAAAAAAGUUCUUCCCUGUCUUUGUGCCACCAGUGGCCCAGUUGCAUCCAUUUUGAAUGGAAAAAUAGACUGCCAGUACUUCCCUUGGUCUUCCCUUCGUCUCCCUUAAUGUGGGUAUCCCCUUACCUGGCCUGUCCAUUUCACUGUCGUGGAUGGAGAACAGAGGGCACCACACAGUCCUGAGGCAGUCCUGUGUGAUCAGGUUUUUGUUUCUUGUUUUUCUAACUGUCCUUCCAAACCAGCAAGUGUUUGGAAAUGAGGGGAAAAGUUAAAUUCUCACCAACGGUUGCUGUUACACUUGAAUCAAUAAAGAUCUUGACUAUCAA